CUUUCAGUUUCAGGAAAGUUUGGAAGAGAGCGCUGGCGUCGAGAGACUGCGCAGUUUAUAUAUAGAUAAUAUAAUAUAAUGUUACUGGACUUAUUUCUAAGUUCCUAGAAUUGUGUGCGUGCAACUACCAGAGGGUUUCUUCACUCUGACCUGAAUCAGACAGUUGAGGCAGAAGAAGUUCAUGAUGUCACUCUACAGGGUCGUCUGGACCCCCCCGUCGACCCUCGGCAGCUAUGAUGAUGUCUACUCUUAUCGACGGGGAAAGGAUCACCUGGAUGACCAGAUGGAUCGAUACAGAGGCAGAACAACUCUCAACCAUGAAGACCUGAUCAGAGGCAUCGUCACGCUGAAGAUCUCCUCAGUAAAUCUAUCUGAUAGUGGAGAGUACAAAGUCUACGUCCCAGACCUGGAAGCCAGUUCUAUCACUUCCAUCACUGUUGUACCCAAAGGCCCAGUGAGCGAGACGAAGAGAAAUGGUCCAACCACAACUAGACCUCCGGCUACCAAUCCUGGCUCUGCAAAGGAGGAAUCUGUCUGGAAAAUAGUGCUGGCCAGUGUCUGUGCUGCUGCUGCUGCUGCUGCUGCUGCUGGUGCUGGUGGUGUUGGUGUUGUUCUUCUCCUGGUGAAACGUGGAGUCAUCCGGAUUUGUAAGAAGACGAAAGCAGCAGAGACGAGGUCCAACAACUUAUCAGUGAGAUACCUGAGGCCCCCGACGACAGAGGAGGACGGAGACCCACACAGCGCUGCACAACACAGCGCUCUGGUCUCUGGAAUAUUUCCCCUGACGGCCUGAUUCAACCCCAGAUAUUAAAGAGAUA